AUGAAGCCUGUCAUCCUGUACGACCUCCAGUCCGAGCUUCCGGGCAAGUUCUGGAGCCCUAACACGCUCAAAACAAGGCUCGCGCUCGCGUACAAACGCAUCCCGUUCGAGACGCGCUGGCUCGAGCUCCCCGAGCUGCACACCGAGCUCAGGCACAUAAACGCGCCGACGAAUACGUGCGUCAACGGCACGCAGGGAUACACCGUGCCGACGAUCUUCGACCCCAACACGGGCGCGGUCGUUACUGAUUCGUGGACGAUCGCGGAGUACAUCGAGGACACGUACCCCGACGCAGAUGGGGAACGUGUGCUGUUUCCCGGCGAGUCGCGUGCGCUGGUCAAGGCGCUCGCGGGCGCGGCUAUUGCUGCGACGUGGGGUGCGCAGCGGUGGGUCGUCACGCGUGUAGCGGAAGUGCACAGCGAGCGGUGCGCGGCCGGGUAUCGGCGGGUGCACGGGCAGCGGCACGGGUUGUCGUGGGAGGAGAUGUCGCCCGAGGGGAGCGCUUUGAGGGAGGAGCAUAAGGCGGCGUUGAAGAAGGGGCUGGGUGAGAUAGAUGCGUGGUAUAAGUGCAGCAAGGGAGAGUGGUUGUGCGGGGAAAGGUUUUCGUAUGCGGAUAUUAUUGUGGCGGCGCAGGUUAUUAGGUGUCGGCGCGUGUUCAGGCAGGAGGAGUGGGAUGAGAUGAAAGGGUGGCAUGAUGGGAGGUGGGAGAAGAUGAUUAAAAGGGUUCAAGCUACGACAGAUUUUCUUGGUACCAUCGAUGAAUUAGUGACAUUGUAG